ACUGGAUAAGGCGCCUCCGGCAGACAGGACGGUCGUCGAUCCCUACAUAAGCAGGCGGCGUCCCCCCUACCCGCCAUCUCCGGCCAACGGCACUGUUGCGAUCUCCAAGCGCGGCGUUUCCUUCGCAGCUUAGCUAUGGCGACGGAAAAAGAACCCGACGAAGGACAAAGGAAACAGGCUUUGAGGCGUUAGACCGGAGGUUCGCUCAAGCCGAAUCCGUUCUUCGCCGUCAAUAGGAGCUCCUGAGCAAGAAGCAAAGAACUAAUACUAGCGCCACUUCUACUUGAAAUCAAACUCCUGAUAAAAUCGCUCAGAAACAGCUUGUCCCCAACACACAGACUUCGAACACACCAUCUAAGAAAGGUUAGUUUUUUGUGUCUAAAUCAAUAAAAAUUCCAUCUUGAAAUUAUGCCCCCCACCCCCACACAAUUUUUUGGUUUUUGUGUGCCCUAAUGCGCAUUUAGUAAAACCCAGUUUUUUAAUGUUAGAUUAUGUUAUGAGUAUAUAGCCUUUAGUGGGUUGAAUUGGUUCUUUGACAUGAUUAGAGAGCCUUCUUGGCCAAGAGAGGUCACUAGUUUGAAAACCAUGAUUGAGUUGGUGAAUUGAUGAACUAUAUAUAAAGAUAGAAAACUGUGGGUCAUUCAUUACUGAUGUUGGGAUUUGAUUUCUUGAGCCUAUAAAGAUGAAGAAUUAAGUGUUUCCACAUUCUUUUACUAAGCAUGCACUAGAGCUAUGAAGCAGCAGUGUGUUACCAUUACUUCACUGUGUGGGUGUGUGUGGGUGUGUGCUCUUCAACAUGGAUUGAGUUCUGACUUCCUAUUAUUUGCUAGUUGAAGCUUGUGAAAAAAGAUCUUUCUAUGUAUAUGAUGCUUGUUUAAUUUCAUGCUUUUUUUAGGAAUUGUUUCAUUUAUAGGUCUUUCCUCAUCACAUGCAUGGUAUACUCCUAAUUCAAACUUUUAUUUUUUCACUUUGAGGUAUUAAUAAAAGCAAUGUUUCUUAUUGGGUGAUCAUUUCUAUGUGCUGAGAUGUUCNUAGAAUCAGAUUAUCCGGCAUACCUCCAACUUGCUCAUUCAGUUGAUAUGAAUCUUCUUUCGACGGUUGGCGAGGCAUGAGAUCUACAAACCAAUGCAUGAAAUGUGGAAGUGCUACAUAUAGAAACUUAUAAGAAGUGCUGGGAAAAACCAGAUGACACAAACUCUCCUGAAUGUAGACUAUUACGGUGCACAAAUUCUUGUUGCAGAGUGCAAGUUAGAUGGGUAUACUGGACUGUGUGGUAUCAUAAUCCGCGAAACUGCAGAAACAUUUGGAAUAAUAACAGAAGACAAUAGAUUCAAAGUUGUGCCAAAGAAGCUCUCUGUCUUCAUGCUUCAAGUGGAUUCAUGGAAGGUUACAAUGACCGGCGACAAACUUGCUUCAAGAAGCAUGGUUUCAUAGGUGAUUUGUAGUAUUAAUUUUUAGCUGUUUUUUGUAGAAUGCAUAUUACACAUCUUGCAGAACAUGUGACAUUAACUUUUGAUUUCAUGACUUACAUCUGGAAUAGAAGAGACAUGCCCAAAAUUAAAAGAAUAAAAAAUCU